UCUUCCACAGCUUGUGUUUAAGGUCAUCUCUCUCCAAGGCAGUGUGCGGGAAUUGAUUAAUGAGAAUGGUACAGCCAUUGACAACCCCAAAUCCCAACUCUGAGCAUGCUGUCCGGACAUUUUAUUUUGCAAUGUCCUGUUUCUGGGAAGCUUCAAGAGUGGGCGGAGGCCAGUGGAUUCUUUUAAAUAGAACCUGAACUCCCUUUCAGCUGGCCACUAGAAACUUCCCUCUUGCUUCCUGACACUUGCACUUCACUUAAGGCACCAAGUCAACCAUGCUGAGAAAGAUGUUGAUCCUUUCAGCAUUACUGGCUGUGUUUCUAGUUGAUCCGAUAAAACCACAAGAGGCAUUGAUUACCUGUCUGUCUGGGGACCGAAGCAUGGAGCCGAGCAUAAAGCCAAGCACGGAAUCAAGCAUGGAGACUACUGGAGAGCCCAGCGGGGAAGGAAGUGGAGAGCCCAGUGGGGAACCAAGUAGAGAGCCCAGUGCGGAACCAAGUUCAGAGUCCACCAGAGAGCCAAGCACAGAGUCCACCAGAGAGCCAAGCACAGAGUCCACCAGAGAGCCAAGCACAGAGUCCACCAGAGAGCCAAGUGUCAAACCAACCAAAGAACCCAGCACAAAACCAACCAAAGAGCCAAGCACAGAACCUCCCAAAUAAAUUGCAAAAUUAAUCCCGACAGAAGACAUGACCAACCCCUGCUGCUGGCUUUGGCUCCAAUGAAGAAAAAUUCCAGUUGAUGGGAUGACAAAAUAAAACUUGCUAUAGUUUUAGAAGCUACAACUUGUAGAAAAUUAGCAACAAUUGGUUGGGUUUCAAGAGAUCGCCAAUCUAUGCCCGCUUAUAAUUUAUCUGGGACAGGUUAGACAGAUCACAGCUGACAUGUACCAGUUAUAAUGUAGCAACUGUCCCCCUUAUCCUCUGCAUUACUAGUGGAGAUCUCUGGAUCUCCUGGGAGUGCUAUUCCCCUUGUUGUAAUAAUCUUAAAAAAAAAAAGAAUGACAUUACCAUAAUGUACAUUGUUAUUGUUGCAAAUGGCAGCCUGUCUUCUGCUAAAACUGCCAGCUUUGGUGUGUGUGGGGGAUUUUUCUAUCUCCCAUCACAUUAUUUCAUAACACACCCCACUAACUGUUAAUCUCUGCAUAAACCUAUGUGCAAAUCUUGGGAUGCAGGUAAGAUGUGAAUGUGAACGAGAGAGAAAGCCUUCUUACAGGCUCCAACAGGGACUCUGAAUCCACUUUCCUGCACCACAUUUUCACUCAUGAAAAGUUUGGAUUUUUUUUUCAGAUGUUGUAACUGCAUUUCUAGUGCAGGAACAGUGGCUUGGAGUCUUCUGUUUAUCCACAGACUGGUUACUGUACAGCUGUAGCAUAAACUUCCUCGCACUGCUUUACCUUUCUGACCAAUACUGGGCUAAAGAAGAUAGUUUACUCCCCUUGUCCCUUCAUUCCUUAACCACUCUACCUGCAAGAGUGCUUGUUAUUGCCAAUUGUGAUGGUAACAUGGAAAAUUGUCUUUGGGGUUUUCAUUGUUCUUGUAUCUUCACACUUAUAGGUAAAUAAACAUCAGGCAUUUUACCA